AACCAAUGGGCUCCUGGCCGAGUAGGGGGAGCUUUCGGUGAACGACUCCUCCCUUUUAGGAUUAGCGUUAGGAAGGCCUGGACGAAAGAGAUUGGGCGGUCCUCCUUCCCCGCCUGAGGCGAGGCGGGACAGUUGUUGCAGAGGUGAGGUCUAGUAAAUGGUGAAGUACUUCCUGGCCUGGGAGCAUCUGGGGUCGUGGGAUUUGGUGGCGUGGGGUCGGAGAAGAGCCCGACCCGCGGGGAAACCCAGCCUCGCCAACGGAGCGGGCCCAGCGCAGCCUUCAGGUCUGGCGGGCGGAAUAAAGCAGUGGAGCCAGUGGAGCCGAGGCACGGCCUUGGGUGGCCCCCUGACAGCUCCUUUGGCCUGAGACCUGGCAACGCGGCGGAACCCUCGGCCAAGUGGACCCCAGCCCUUGCAACCUCCUUUUUUCUUUUACCCACCUGCGGUCCCAGGCUGUAGAAGGGACCGCGGGCAUUUUGAGUUCUCAACCCCCGUUUCAGUUUCUGUCUCCGAGUGCACACCUUAAAUGUGAGGUGACUCCUAAGCAGCUGGGAACCAGAGGCUGUAAAAGGGACUGCAGAAAAAUGGACUGCAGUAUAAAAUCCAGAAGCAGAAUAUGAAGGUUUAACCACUGACCCAUUUCACAGGUACUAUAUAGCACAUUUUAUUUGCCAUUCUCUUUUUGAUGGACAUUGGUUGUUCCCAGUUUUUCACCUUAUAGACAAUGCUGCAGGGAAAUCCUGAAUGUUUCAUGCAUCCAUGGACCAAAAGAUGGAGUUGGUUUUUGUUUUUAAAAAGAUAUUGUCAAUGAUCUGAUAUGACUAUAAAUACUUGCUUGAUGAAAUUGCAUGGACUUGUCAUCAGGUUGGACUAGCGGUCAUUUUUCAAAGUUUCUUCAACCACAGUUACAUUUGAAAAUUCAAGUAUCCAAGAACAUUGGGCUUAGAAUGCCAUAAUGAUGUGUUUUCUCUGAGAACUACAAAUUUCAUAGAUACCACAGUUGGAUUCCAGUUAUAUUCUCCUAUCAAAGUGAUUUCAGUCCAUUGAUAAAGUUAAUUUUGAAGACUUUUGUUUAUAAACAACACCAAAAGAUGGGAGAAAAAAAUGGUGAUGCAAAAACUUUCUGGAUGGAGCUGGAAGAUGAUGGAAAAGUGGACUCCAUCUUUGAACAAGUGCAAAAUGUGUUACAAUCACUGAAACAAAAGAUUAAAGAUGGGUCUGCCACAAAUAAAGAAUACAUCCAAGCAAUGAUUCUAGUGAAUGAAGCAACCAUAAGUAACAAUUCAACAUUGAUAAAGGAUCAUACAUCGGUGAACCAGAAUGAACAGGAAAACAAAUCAGGUUCAUUGCCUUCUACGUCAUAUGAAGACUCCUUUCCAGAAGACUGUACAUUUCUAUCUACAAAAAAUAAGGAAGUUCCUCCUUUGGAAAAUAAAGUUGCAUACAUUACAGAAAAGAAAUCAUCUUUGAAUUUACGUUACCAAAGUCAUGACUGCUCUAGAACUUGUCUGAUGAAAAUGCCACUAACCUUCAAGGGAGAAAACCCUCUGCAGCUACCAAUCAAAUGCCACUUCCAAAGACGACACGCAAAGACAAACUCUCAUUCUUCAGCACUCCACGUGAGUUAUAGAACCCCUUGUGGAAGGAGUCUACGAAACGUGGAGGAAGUUUUUCGUUACCUGCUUGAGACAGAAUGUAACUUUUUAUUUACAGAUAACUUUUCUUUCAAUACCUAUGUUCAGUUGACUCGGAAUUACCCAAAACAAGAAGAAAUUGUUUCUGAUGUGGAUAUUAGCAAUGGAGUGGAAUCGGUACCCAUUUCUUUCUGUAAUGAAAUUGACAAUAGAAAGCUUCCACAGUUUAAGUACAGAAGGACUAUGUGGCCACGAGCAUAUUAUCUAAACAGCUUUUCCAACAUGUUUACUGAUUCAUGUGACUGUUCUGAGGGCUGCAUAGACAUAACAAAAUGUGCAUGUCUUCAGUUGACAGCAAGGAAUGCCAAGACUUGCCCCUUGUCGAGUAAUAAAAUAACCACUGGAUAUAAAUUUAAAAGACUACAGAGACAAAUACCUACUGGCAUUUAUGAAUGCAGCCUGUUGUGCAAGUGUAAUCGACAAAUGUGUCAAAACCGAGUUGUGCAGCAUGGACCUCAAGUGAGGCUACAGGUGUUCAAAACUGAAAAGAAGGGAUGGGGAGUACGCUGCCUAGAUGACAUUGACAGAGGGACAUUUGUUUGCAUUUAUUCAGGAAGAUUACUAAGCAGAUCUAACACUGGGAAACCUGAUCCUACUGAUGAAAAUGGAAAGGAAGAGAAUAUUAUGAAAAAUAUGUUUUCAAAAAAGAGGAAAAUAGAAGUUGCAGAUUGUGAGGUAGAAGUUAUCCCAUUAGACCUGGAAACACAUAGAAGUGCUGAGACUGAGGAGUGUCCACCUACAUUCCGUAAUAAUUUAAAAGAACCUGUUAUAGAAACGAAAUGUAACAAUAUUUCAAGAAUUCAGUGUCAUUCAGUCAUUAGAAGUCCUAAAGCCAAGACAGCCAUUAUUCAACGCAAUGGGAAAAAGAUGGGAUUUACUUCCUCAGAGUCUGUCACCUCAGAAGAUAAUGAUGGAUUUAAACCGACCCAACUACAUCUGAACUCCAAAGCCAAGGAGAUGAAAAAGGAUUCAAGCUCUUACCAAGUUAAAGACACUGAAAACAGUCUGCUGAUUGAAUCAGAUGUGAUAGAUAUAACCAAAUGUAGAGAAGAAAUACCAUCAGGGGAAAGAUGUAACCAAGCAACCCCACUGGAUAAUCAGAAUAUUAUAAAGGAAUUCAAGUCUCAAAUACAAAAGCCCCAAGGGGAAAGAUCUCCAGCAUUUCAAAACCAGCAGGUCUUGUGUGAUAAAGAGUUCCCAAGCGAAACCAAGAACACUUCACCUGAUUCUCUAAAGAAGUUCAAUAAAGGGAAUGUGUUUUUAUUGGAUGCCACAAAAGAAGGAAAUGUGGGCCGCUUCCUUAAUCAUAGUUGUUGCCCAAAUCUUUUGGUACAGAAUGUUUUUGUAGAAACACGUGACAGGAAUUUUCCAUUGGUGGCAUUCUUCACCAACAGGUAUGUGAAAGCAAGAACAGAACUAACAUGGGAUUAUGGGUAUGAAGCUGGGACUGUGCCUGAGAAAGAAAUCCUCUGCCAGUGUGGGGUUAAUAAAUGUAGAAAGAAAAUAUUAUAAAUUUGUAGCUAAUGCCUAUUGAAGAAAUUAGCUUAUCACGCUGCAAUUAGAGCCAUGCAAGAAACUUUCAGUCAUCAGUGGAAUUAACUUAGGUUGUGAUCCAUCAAGAGAAUUCCUCUCAGUUUACCCUUGUCAGGGAAUUCAUUUGUGUGGCUUAAAAUGCUAGAAACAAAAUAAGGACAUUUUCAUACACAUAGGCUAUCUCUUUAUUCUUUCUGCUGUUCAACUUUACAUGAGUGGGAUGGAAGUGUAUAUUUUAUAUGAAAUACCAUUAUACAGUUUGUAACUUAUUUGUAAAUUAUAUAUUAAGAGAAACAAAUGUCACAAUAGAAUUCAGUUGAUCGUAUUUACUUUUGUGAUUAUUAUCUUUGAGUUUAUGCCCCCAAAAGGCCAAAUUUCACAUCGUUACUUACAAAAUUUGUUUAAUUCUUGGCAAAUAAUUUAUCAUUAUAAGCCAUAAGGUGGGCAACAGAGCUUGAGGAAUAUGUAAGAACUAACUUUAUACAUAUCACUUCCAAUAUUUUAACACUAGUUAGUUGGAGAAGCUCUGUCUGGCUCCUUGCAACUCUGCCCCGUCAAACCAUUUGAGUGCUAAGAUGGAGAAGCUCUCCUAUGGGGAAGGUUUUGGCAAACUUUGAGAGGAAACUUCUUUUCCAUAGGUUCUCUGUACUUCUCCAGUACACAGACAAGAAACAAAGGGAAUAGAAACCUGGAGGAAUUGGAAUAUUUUUGUUCUAAGUAGAGGAGAGCCAUAAGAAAAACAAAACUUAGAAACUAGCAAAACUUAGAAAACUAGUGUCUUAAGCCAGAAGGGCUUAAGGGCAAGAAUUUCACUUAAAAAAAAAACCAACAGCAACAACAAAACAAGGCAGUUCUCAAUUGUAAAGUCUGGAACAGCUGCUUAAAUUCUCCUGUGUAUGAUGUGCAAAUUGUUUUUGUUGAGAAAAAGGGAGUUACUCUGCUAUGGGUUACCCAGCCCUUAUCAUGGAGCAGAAAGAGGACUGGGAAUCUCCAAGAGUCAAAACUAAUUUUACCCAUAACAAAGAUGUGUACAUUUGACUGCCAGGAGCUUCUCCCUUGGAACCAGAACAGGAAUACCAGCUCAAAAAGUAGUAAUUAAAAGUAGUUCUGGCUUUUGAGAGGUUUUAUGUCUUUUUUUCUUUUAUUUUGUACUUGAUUCUGGGUUUAGUUUGAUUACUGUUCAAAUAAAAACCUAUUUGAAGUUUGGGGCACCUAGUGGAUCAGUCCAUUAAGCAUCUGACUUCAGCUCAGAUCAUGAUCUCAUGCUUAGUAAGUUUGCAUUGGGCUCUGUGCUAUGAGCCUGUCUCUGUCUCUCUCUCUGCCCCUUCCCAGUUUGCAUUGCUCGCGCACGCGCGCUCUCUCUCUCUCUCUCUCUCUCUCAAAAAUAAACAUUAAAAAAAAAAAAAAAACCCGUUCAGGGCACCUGGGUGGCUCAGUCGGUUGAGCGUACGACUUCAGCUCAGGUCAUGAUCUCACAGCUUGAGUUCGAGCCCCACGUAGGGCUCUGUGCUGACAACUCAGAGCCUGGAGCCUGCUUCGGAUUCUGUGUCUCCUUCUCUCUCUGCACCUCCCCCACUCGCUUGCUCUCUCUCUCUCUCAAAAGUAAAUAAACAUUAAAAAAAAAUUAAAAAAAAAAACCUGUUCAAAGUUUGGACCCAAUUUAAUUUCUUAAAAAUAUUAAACUAGAUGAAAAUUUAACUUGAAAUUGUUUUAUGGAGUGAGAAACCUAGGAACUAGGAAAAGGAGCAAAAGUUACA